CAAUCUCCGUGGCAGUCUACCUGGCGCGCCGAUGCGAAUCGUCGUGCGGCGCCGGAAGUCAGAGGCACGUGACCGGGUGACAGCGCUCUCUUGGCUGCGGGCUCGCUUUAGGUGCUGCGGCACGGGAUGGCGGAGGCGCCUCCUGUCUCAGGUACUUUUAAAUUGAAUACAGAAGCCGCUGAAUUCAUUCCUCAGGAGAGAAAAAAUUCUGGUCUAAAUUGUGGGACUCAAAGAAAAUCAGACUCCAAUAGGAUUGGCAGAAGAAAUUAUAGUUCGUCACCUCCCUGUCACAUUUCUAGGCAGAUUCCUUAUGAUGACAUCACUGUUGUUCAUCAGCACAGUUAUCCUUCAGGAAGUAAACCUAAGAGUCAACAGACUUUUUUCCAGUCUUCUACUUCUAAUAAGUCACUCAAGAACCAUAACCUUCAGAGUCAGCCUUGGCAAAAAUUAAAGCAUGAAAAACAUCACAUCAGAGUCAAGAAAAUACAAGGGCUCAAUGACCAGGGCUCAGAUACAAUUAGCUUAGAAAGUGUGGCCAGGCCAGAGAGUGGGACAAACCUCAGUGAGUAUAGCCCUUCUGAGAGUGAGAAAGAAAUUGUUGGUGCAGAUCCCAGGGGAGCAAAACCGAAAAAGUCAGCUCAAUUUGUAUACAGUUAUGGUAGAGGAUCAAAAGUCAAGGGGAAACUAAAGUGUGAAUGGGGUAACAAAAUGACUCCAAAACUUGAGGAUUCUGGACUUGAAAAUACCAAAUCUGUGGGGGUUUGCCACCCUGACUCUUCAGAUGCAUCCUGUAAAAAAGGAGCACUGGAUGGGUAUGGAGCCAGACGAAAUGAGCAAAGAAGAUACCCACAGAAAAGGCCUCCGUGGGAAGUGGAAGGGGCCAGGCCACGACCAGGCCGGAAUCCACCAAAACAAGAGAGCCAACGACAUACAAAUGCAGGGCCCAGAAUCAACCUGGCCCCCAUUCCAAAGGACAAUCUCAAUGAAAGACCAACAAAAUCAGCCUGUGACAGUGGGAAUUUGGCAGUUGUCAACAAGUCUUCCAGAAGGGUUGACCAAGAGAAAAGUGCUAUAAGGAGACAGGAUCCUCAAGUGAUAUCUUCUUUCUCCCGAGGCAAACAGAACCAUGUGUUAAAGAAUGUGGAAACCCAUACAGGUUCUCUAAUUGAACAGCUGACUACAGAAAAAUAUGAAUGCAUGGUGUGCUGUGAAUUGGUUCGUGUCACAGCCCCAGUGUGGAGUUGUCAGAGCUGUUAUCAUGUGUUUCAUCUGAACUGCAUAAAGAAAUGGGCAAGGUCUCCAGCAUCUCAAGCAGAUGGCCAGAGUGGUUGGAGGUGCCCCGCCUGUCAGAAUGUGUCUGCACAUGUUCCUAAUACCUAUACUUGUUUCUGUGGCAAAGUAAAGAAUCCUGAAUGGAGCAGAAAUGAAAUUCCACAUAGUUGUGGUGAGGUUUGUAGAAAGAAACAGCCUGGCCAGGACUGCCCACAUUCCUGUAACCUUCUCUGUCAUCCUGGUCCCUGCCCACCCUGUCCUGCUUUUAUGACUAAAACGUGCGAAUGUGGACGUACCAGGCACACAGUUCGAUGUGGUCAGGCUGUCUCAGUCCACUGUUCUAACCCAUGUGAGAAUAUUUUGAAUUGUGGACAGCACCAUUGUGCUGAGCUGUGCCAUGGGGGUCAAUGCCAGCCUUGCCGCAUCAUAUUGAACCAGGUAUGCUACUGUGGCAGCACCUCCAGAGAUGUGUUAUGUGGAACAGACAUAGGAAAGUCUGAUGGAUUUGGGGACUUUGGCUGUUUAAAGAUAUGUGGCAAGGACUUGAAAUGUGGGAGCCAUACGUGUUCUCAAGUGUGCCAUCCUCAACCCUGCCAGCCUUGCCCACGGCUCCCCCAUCUGGUGCGCUGUUGCCCUUGUGGCCAAACCCCUCUCAGCCAAUUGCUAGAACUCGGAAGUAGUGGACGGAAAACGUGCAUGGACCCUGUUCCUUCAUGUGGAAAAGUGUGUGGCAAGCCUCUGCCUUGUGGUUCCUCAGAUUUCAUUCAUACCUGUGAAAAGCUGUGCCAUGAAGGAGACUGUGGCCCAUGCUCUCGCACAUCAGUUAUUUCCUGCCGAUGCUCUUUCAGAACAAAGGAGCUUCCAUGUACCAGUCUCAAAAGUGAAGAUGCAACAUUUAUGUGUGACAAGCGGUGUAACAAGAAACGGUUAUGUGGACGGCAUAAAUGUAACGAGAUAUGCUGUGUGGAUAAGGAGCACAAGUGUCCUUUGAUUUGUGGGAGGAAACUUCGUUGUGGCCUUCAUAGGUGUGAAGAACCUUGUCAUCGAGGGAACUGUCAGACAUGCUGGCAAGCUAGUUUUGAUGAAUUAACCUGCCACUGUGGAGCAUCAGUGAUCUACCCUCCAGUUCCUUGUGGUACUAGGCCUCCGGAGUGUACCCAAACCUGUGCCAGAAUCCAUGAAUGUGAACAUCCAGUAUAUCAUUCUUGUCAUAGUGAGGAGAAAUGUCCCCCUUGUACUUUCCUAACUCAGAAGUGGUGCAUGGGCAAACAUGAGUUACGAAGCAACAUCCCCUGUCACCUGGUUGAUAUCUCUUGCGGAUUACCCUGCAGUGCUACGCUACCAUGUGGGAUGCACAAGUGUCAGAGACUCUGUCAUAAAGGAGAAUGUCUUGUGGAUGAGGCCUGCAAACAGCCCUGCACCACACCCAGAGCUGACUGUGGCCACCCAUGUAUGGCAUCUUGCCACCCCAGCUCACCCUGUCCAGUGACUGCUUGCAAAGCCAAGGUAGAGCUACAGUGUGAAUGUGGACGAAGAAAAGAAAUGGUGAUUUGCUCUGAAGCAUCCAGUACCUAUCAAAGAAUAGCUGCUAUUUCUAUGGCCUCUAAAAUAACAGACAUGCAGCUUGGAGAUUCAGUGGAGAUCAGCAAGUUAAUUACCAAGAAGGAAAUUCAACAAGCCAGGCUAGAGUGUGAUGAGGAGUGUUCAGCCUUGGAAAGGAAAAAGAGGUUAGCAGAGGCAUUUGAUAUCAGUGAUGAUUCUGAUCCUUUUAAUAUACGUUCUUCAGGAUCAAAAUUCAGUGAUAGUUUGAAAGAUGAUGCCAGGAAGGACUUAAAGUUUGUCAGUGAUGUUGAGAAGGAAAUGGAAACCCUUGUGGAGGCUGUGAAUAAGGGAAAGAAUAGUAAGAAAAGCCACAGCUUCCCUCCCAUGAACAGAGACCACCGCCGAAUCAUCCAUGACUUGGCCCAAGUUUAUGGUCUGGAGAGCGUGAGCUAUGACAGUGAACCAAAGCGCAAUGUUGUAGUCACUGCCAUCAGGGGGAAGUCCAUUUGUCCGCCUACCACACUGACAGGUGUGCUUGAAAGGGAAAUGCAGACACGACCUCCACCACCAAUUCCUCAUCACAGACAGCAGACAGACAAGUAUCCUGGGAGCAGUAAUUUACAGAAGAUAGCAAAGGAGCCAGUAAUUGACUACUUUGAUGUCCAGGACUGAGAUCAAGAUGCCCUUAGAUAAAAGAAUAAUUAGAUGUAGUAGAGACUUAUUUGCCAGCAGAUAAAUCAUGCUUGUUCCUCACUGCCUGGCAGACCACAGCCUCAUGUGCUGUCUUGUACUGAUACAUCCAAGCAUGAGUGUUUCAGAAAUCCCCUUGUCUAUUCCUACAUGUAUAAAGUGUUUCGCUAUGGCCAGAUCUCUGAUUGUAUGGUCACUAGGUUUUCAGUGAUAUAUUUAAAGAGUCUCCUCAAAUCAUCACUGUGAUUGCUCUGAGGGUUGGGGGAAUAUUGGGUUUUAUCUGGACAAAUCAGAAUUUUUGCCCAAAACUGGCUUCAUGGCACUUCGUCAUAGUUAGUUUUCCCAGUUGUUCCUCCUCCUGAAAAUGCUUGCAACAUCAGAUAGAUCUCUGCAAAUUCUCAGCCUGAAAUACCAAAUACUAAAUUUGUACACCAAAUUUGAAAUCACUCCUGUCAACUUAAACCUAACCAUCUUUCCUAAGUCUUACUGUAUUUUGCCAAAAGCUGUCUUGGAGCUAUCUAGAUGAACUUCUUUUUAAUGUUUCCUAAUACUGUCAGUUCUAGACCUACAAGAAAGUCAGUUAUAGAAUUCCAUUUUCUCAAGUUCCUGAUGCUUCUUAUACCACAUCACUGAGCCUGUCCAGUGACAGUUUAGCCAUCUCCCAUAAUAAAGAGUGUAGAACAAGCUUUUCCUUUUACCAGAUUCACACUGUGGCCUCUAUGAACUGACUAGUGUAAUCCUAACUCCUCUCUGGUUGAUAAAGAGUCUCAUAUA